CUUUUAUCGAGACAACCCUAGAAGAAAACUCCGUUCAUCUUUUCACGGCGGCUCCGUCGCUAAGCCGCUGAUCUUCUUUCUACUCAUACUCUAUGUUACGGUGGAUCAAUUGCAAUCCUCAAUCUUUGGACUUCACUCAUCUAAUCCGUCUUUCUUUGAAUUUCUAUGGAUCUGCCAGAGAUACCUCCUUUCUGUAAGAGAGAUUCAACGCCUCCCUGCAAAAACAACCAUGACUCCACUAUUCCUUCGUUGACCACAUCUCCUCCGUCACCUAACAAUUACAACAGCCAUGACUCUGUUGCUCCUUUGUCGACCACAGCUCCUGCGCACGGUGAGUCCUUUGCUGUUGGUCCUGCAAACUCCGACCAGGUACCAAAACCGAUCCAGUCUCUUGAGGCUCCUCAAGAUGUUCUUAACCAAAUCGAAGAGACUAUAGAAGAAGCAGCAGCUUUAUUCGUACCUUCGAUGGGAGCAUGGACAAAGCCACUUGUUUUAAAGUUCCCUCCUCCUUGUACACCACCAGAGCCAUCAACGCCUUGUAGCUAUGAUCCACUGUUAGUGCAAAGCCAGAUUGAGACAUUUUGGCCUUCACUGGAGAAAAGUACCAACUCUACAAAGAAUAAAUCUUCUUUGCUGAAAGUACCUUCUUCACCGAACCUCCCAGUUCCAAAAUUGCCGCCCCCAGAGCUAAAGGAAGAUGGCUCACUCCGCUUUCCAUGGGCUGCAAGGAUGAACCCAGCAACAAGGAACUUGUAUCGUGCUUCAAGACCAACUUUCAGACUUGAUGGCACUCCUGAGAUCAUCAUUCCAACUAAGGUACUUCAACUUGGCCCUGAGAACGUUGGAGAAUAUGUGAUUGGGCAAUUUCAUAGCUGUUCUGCUCCCUCGGGUGGUCUUACCCAUGCUGUUGUAAACCGUCUCUGGGGUAGAAACUGCAAAAUUGUUAGUCAGAAACUAGGCGAAUCCUCUUACCUUUUCCAUGUUCCACACAAAGAGACAAGACAGUGGAUUAUACAGCGUUGCGUCUGGCAUGUAGAUGACUGCUUAAUGUUUGUAGCUCCUUGGAACUCGGAAGGCUCUCUAAAAAUUCCUGAAAUCUCCACUGUACCAGCUUGGGUGACCCUACAAAAUAUCCCAACCAGCUGCUACUCUAGACUUGGAAUCUCGCACAUUGCUUCAGGUCUAGGUGAGCCCAUGGUUACGCAUAAGCCAAGACUGGAUCCCUUCAACAUUGGAGAAGCUAAGAUUUUGGUGGAAAUAGAACUCGACAAGAGUUUCCCCAAACAGAUUGCUUUGGACGACAAGCUUGGCAACAUAUUUUUAGUUGAUGUUAUCUACUCUUGGAUUCCAUCAACUUGUGAAAGAUGUGGGAGUCUAGGUCACAAAGCAAAGAGGUGUUUAAUAAAAGAAGACAAAACUCCACCAACAAAUGAAAAAGAAUCUGAACACAAGGAUGUGGAUAUCCCAGUGGUUGCUAUAGAUUCUUUCUUGGAUAAUAUUGAUUCUGAUGUCCAGCAGAAUUGUGUCACUCCUAUGGUGCCAGUAGAAGAGCUGCCUGAUCAAGCAGAUGAUCAGAUUCUAGGACAAGAGUUUGGUCCUCAAAAAACUGUCGUUACACCUCAACAUGUUCCCUUUCAACUCAGGAAGCCAGGAGCGUCUUCAACAGACAUUAAUUCUUCACCGAUAACUAAUGAUUCUAUGUCUCUUCAGGUAGCUAUAUCUCACAAGGAUAGCUCUGCUACUUUCCGUAAAUCAUUUCCGGAUGCAAACGUUACCCUUUCUUCUACGCUAGCAGGUACAUCAUCUGCUCACACUUCUUUACAAGUUAUGGACGAUGUUCCAUCAGAAAUUAUCAUGAAUGAGGGUACAACACUCUCAGAAAAUGAUCCUUUAAAAAUGAUCCCUCUUUCAACCGAGUCAAUCCAAGAAGUAAGUAAUAUGGAAAGUGAUUUUCAUUUCACUGAACAAAUGGAUGAAUUUGGAAGCAUGACAAGAGGGGGUCGGUUGAUCAAACCGCCAGAAAAAUACCAAGAUAUGGGAUGGACGAAAGCUCGUGGCAAAGGAAAACGAGGCCCUAAAAGUCGAGGUUCCUAUCAAACGCACUAAUAUCCUACAUAGUUUGGUUAAACUUUAGAGUUGUACUAAGUUUUCUUACUUAGAUAGCUCUUUCUCUAUCUACUUCAUGUAUCAAACUUUCUCAAACUAUAUGAUCUAACAAAUCAUAUCUUGUACUUUGUUUUAAUUUUAAUGAAAGCCA